AAUUGCUAUAGAAACCUAACAAAUAUUUUUGAACUCAAUUAAGUAGUCUAAAUAUAUUUCAAGAAAAAACAUUAUCUUUGUGUAAAAUUACCAAUAUGGAGAAAAAGACAACGCCAUCCAAGGACAAAUCAAUGCUACCAUUUUAUGUCCCUUUUGAAUCUUGUAAUACAGCUCAGUAUACAGAUUAUCUGGCGGAUCAUCCUGAGAUAAAGCAGUUAAUCGCGGAUUACGUCCAGACUCUUCUAGUCGUAAAGCCUAUCAAUGUCAUCGACUUCACGAUACAGCACUUCAAAACGUUUGCUCGAGAAUCGAAGGUCUGGGAUACCACCGAUAUAUGUAUUGACAAAGCAAUCUGAUAUUAACACGAAUCGGCAUAUCUAGAGAUUACACAACUGACGGAAUCUGUACAAAAUGCAAAAUUUACAACAAAAAAUUGUUUAUGUGUAUAUAUAUUAUGUAUACAUAUACAUAUAAAGGAAAUUCCUAAAAGAAACAUAAACUUUGCUCUACUGACAUACUCAAAUAGUUCAUGAACUAAUAUAAUUAUGUAUAUUUUUUAUUAACAUAUACUUCAUUUUUUACAAACAUUCUUACAUUACCUCAAACUGUUCAAUAAAAAAAUAUAAAUGUGUGUAAUUCAUAAA